AUGGCCAAUCCUUUAAGCCGCUCUCAGCCUCGUCGUGGUCCUCGAGUCCGAUACCCAAAUGACGACAGCGACACCGACACCGAUGACCUACAGGACUUCACUCUCAACCCUCGUCCUAGCCGGGCUGCUCGUCGUGUCCAGACCUACAGAGAAUCUAGUGAUGAUGACAACGAUGACAUCUCAGAUUCCUCAUCAGAUGAAACGGACUCUCAUUCCACCUCCGCCCACGCUGACGUUGGGCCUCGGAGAAGCACGAGAUCAUAUGUACAGGUACAGAAGCAGUCACGGCCACCAAAGCGAAGACCAGCGCCAACACCAUCAGCGAAGCGCCAGCACUCGCUCAAAGCAAACAGACGUCGAACGAAUUUGCCCUCCAAGAGAAAUGGGAGCCAGAUGGAUGCUGGCGGCUUAUUUCAAACAUACAAACGACAAAAGCCUCUACCUGACAACAAGGGCCGGACGAAUGUAAAAUGUGUUAACAUGUCGUCGGCCUCCGACAACACGAGGAUCCCUCCGUGGCCACAACUCCCGUACCACGUUCUCGUGAGCAUCAUGCAAUAUGCAGCGUACCCUCUGUAUGGCCCGACGUCGCGAGCACAACCCUCGAUUAACUGGUUGUGUGAAACAGGACUCUUAUGUCGCUCUUUCCACGAAGCUUGCACAGCAGCUCUUCUCUAUAGCCCUCCCCUGUAUCCAUCAUGGCGAGCUCACCGUCUCAUUGGGCUGCUCGAACAAGCCCACGAGUCCCUUACCACUGAUUACCGAAAAAAGAUCCGUUUCCUUGACAUUGAAGUCAAACAACUUCUCGUCAAGAAGAGUGGUAUUUCCUUGGACAGGUUGAUCUCUAUGACCCCUCUGCUGCAAGGGUUGAGACUCUAUUCCAACUACGAUGACCUCACGACUGUGAUAUGGGCACAGCCAGCAGCGAAGAAAUUCAAGUGGAGUUAUCCCACAGAGCUCUUGGAACGUUUGGAGACGGAUCAUCUAUUCAUGAGGAGCUUUGAGUGGAAUGGAAGGUUUCCCACAACCCUCGAUGUCCUCAACAUGGCUGUGGAGGCUCACUCCAGACCUUCUUUCCGGCGCCUGCGCGAGCUCACCUUCCUCAACCUAAGUCUACCGGAAAAGGCCAGGGAAGAAAACAUUACUACUGUCGGCACUUCACUUGCUGGAGUAUUGGCCAGCGUGCCAGAGCUGCAGUCAUUAUCUUUUCGAAACUGCGGCAUCGUUGACGAGAUGACCAUGCCUCUUCUUCCGCCUGGACUCCUACACCUGGAAUUGUGGAAUUGUCCCAAUUUGACAUCCGACGCUCUCGAAGCCUAUUUGAGCCGCGGCGGUUCCAGCCUGCGAGUCCUCAGUCUCGAUGGUAAUCAGUCCAUGGAUUUAGGUUUCAUAGCCAACCUCCAAGCAUUGUGUCCUCGCUUGCAACACCUCGAGGUUGAUAUGCUGUACAUCGAUCCGACUUCCUUCCGCGACCGCGAACCCCUCUACGACGAGCUACUACCAAAUGGACCUCCGACUUGGCCCACGGACCUUGUCAGCAUCUCGAUCGAAAACAUGCGUCAACUGCCACAAGAGGAUGCAGAAGAGUUCCUUACAUCGCUUGUUGAUUCUGCUGCGCAUCUUCCGCAGCUGAGGAGACUCAACAUCAAGGCGAUUCUGAAAAACGCCAGCUGGCGCGACCGUGCCAAGUUCAGACAGAGGUGGCUGCCGAAGUUGGAGAAUGUCUUUCUCAACACCGAAGAGCCCUCCAAUGUCGCGAGCAAAUUCUUGAUCAAGGCACCCACUACAUCACAGCGACAGAGCUCUCGGAUAGCUAACGGUCACCUCAAGAAGAUUAGUCUCGGCGACAGUACCGAUGAGAGUGAUGCCUCAACUCCAGCUACUAUUCAAGGUAGAUGUGACGUGGUAAAUCUUGUGAUCUCGGACCAACGGCCUGCCGAAACACAGUAUCACGAAAAUGACUUUCUCGACAGCGAGCCAAGUGAUGACGGAGAAUGGCGGCAAGGCAAUAGCCAGCAGCUUGCGACCGAUUAUGCUUGGUAG